AAGGGCAAAAAGGUAACUUUAGUAGCAAGCAUGCAAGCAUUGUAUGCUGGCUGGUAAAUUUUUUUUCUUGCACAGGUAUGGGGUAAGAAUCCUGAAACUUCCUUAUGAGUACCCUACACUAAAGUGACGAAAAUAUUUCUAAGUAGUCAAGUAGGUUAUAAGGAAGGAAAGGGGCAAGGCUGGAAUGAACUUUACUGGGUCAAAGUUGUCAACAUAACUCAUGUCAUAAAAUGCACAUGCAGCCAGAUAGAAAUACUUUAUAAAGUGUGCAUGUUAGCAGAUAUAUGUGAGCAUCUAGCUGGUUGACUGAGAGAACCUAGAAGCCAUGGUAGGAUUGUCUUCUGUAAAACUACUCUUCUAUAAAAAGACAUGGUUUUCAUGAUUGGUCGCACAAGGAUAGACCAAGAAAUACAAAGAUGAGUUUAAAACAUGUCACAUCAAAAGUAAGGGAGUGCCAGGCCUUCUGGCACAGCCUGUGAUCUCAGCACGGUGGAAUUGAAAGAGGGAAGAUCACAAGUUUGAGGCCAGCGCAGGCUAAGCAGUUCCAUUUCAGUCUGGGAUACACAGGCUUAUCCUGUCUUGAAACAAUAACGAUCUCACAAAACAAACUAUCUCACAAAGAGUGAGAAUUCAAAAGGGAUCAGGCCAUGUUGAAAGAAGUACUGUAGUUCUGGAUUGCACACCACAGGUUAAGGCCAGUACCCACACAUCAGCAGAUGCUACAUGAGGGUUACAAGAUACUCCUACAGAGGAAUAAAUACUGAUGUCUUGAGAAAUCUAAACUAACCCUUGUUAUAAUCAGUGACAAAACAUACACGAGUGAAUCCACCUAGAGGGGCAUUUAGCUUUUCUGAUAUUUUUGUCCCAAAUGCAUAAUUUCACUUUACUCAUGAGGACAGCAGAUAAAUGAAAAUAACAGACAUUCUGCAGCUAAGGUUUGUAGAAGGGUUCACUGUAUACCUUAUCUGCUUGUUUUACCCUGCAUAUGUAGCACGGGAUUAAUUCAGAGGCCUGGAGAUCUUGCUUCCUGGUUGUACUGGCUGGUUUUGUGUGUAAACUUGACACAGGCUGGAGUUAUCACAGAGAAGGGAGCUUCAGUUGGGGAAGUGCCUCCAUGAGAUCCAGCUGUGAGGCAUUUUCUCAGUUAGUGAUCAAGUGAGGAGGGCCCCUUGUGGGUGGUACCACCUCUGGGCUGGUUUUCUUGGGCUCUAUAAGAGAGUAGGCUGAACAAGCCAGGGGAAGCAAGCCAGUAAGAAACAUCUCUCCAUGGCCUCUGCAUCAGUUCCUGCUUCUUGACCUGCUUGAGUUCCAGUCCUGACCUCCUUUGGUGAUAAACAGCAAUUUGGAACUGUAAGCUGAAUAAACUCUUUCCUCCCCAACUUGCUUCUUGGUCAUGAUGUUUGUGCAGGAAUAGAAAAGAAACCCUGACUAAGACAAAUUGGUACCAGCAUAGUGGGGUAUUCCUGUGACAACUUGACCAUGUUUUAGGAAGGACUUUGGAACUUUGGGCUAGAAGAUCCAUUCCAUGUUAAAAGCUCUGUGGGAUGUUGUGUAGGAGCUUGGAAGACAAUGUUGAGAACAGUGCGGAAGAUGGAGGCCUGGCUUGUGAAAUUUCAGAGGGAAAAUUUAAGACUCUUAUCAGUGUUGUUGCUGUUUUGAUUGUGAAGAUUCUGUGGUUUUGGUUAGCUGGGGCUGAAAAAUCAGCUGUGAUUAACAAUAUACCAGAACCACUAAAGUGAACUGUUGUGUUACUUACUAUUGUAGACUAUUGAUGCUGGUUAGCUGGAGCUAAGAAAUUAGCAGUGAUUAAGAAGAAACCAGCAUCACUGAGGUGAAAUCUUCUGGGAAGUGUUUUCUGAGAACACAGAGGCUGUGUUCCAGAGAUAGCCAAGGUUGUACCUCGUGCUGUAGCAGGACUUGGUACUGUAUAAGAGUCACCCAGAUGGUACUGGUUUUGAAGGCAUGAAGGGGUCAUGAAGAGUAGCUGAGGCUCUUGGCACAGUGAGAGGCCACUGAAGGCCAUUAGUGAAGGUGCAGCCUCAGUUGCAAUUGAUGAUGGCCCAGGACUUGAAGGGGUCAUGCAUAGGAGUAGAGGCUUGUCACCAUGAAAAGAGCCUAUGAGAGGCUAUUGGUGAAGCCUAAUUACAGUGGAGGAUAGCAGUGUUUUGGAGAUGCCAAUACCAUGAGAUGACCACCAAGAACAGCAGUGGAAGUGGAGUACAGGCAGCUGGAGCCUAGAAGACAAGCUGAGCAGAGCUGGAGAAGUGACCCAAGCCUUUGGAGGAGCCGGGAACAUCGCACCAAAGAGUCCAGUAAAAGGUGUGUUCUCAGAACGAAAAUCUCCGGCUACAUGGAUAGAGCAGAAACCAUAAAGAAAUGCUUAGAUCAAGAAAAAGAAGAUGGAAAAUAUCACAAGCAAAUUAAAAUAGAAGAGAAUGCAACUGGUUUCAGUUACGAGUCACUCUUCAGAGAAUACCUGCAUGAGACAGUUACAGAAGUUUGGGUAGAAGACCCUUAUAUUAGACAACCUCAUCAGCUCUAUAACUUCCUUCGGUUCUGUGAGAUGCUGAUUAAGAAGCCGUGUAAAGUAAGAACCAUUCACCUUCUCACCUCUAGGAAUGAAGAUUCUGGGAACACACAGCAAAGUAGCGGCCUGGAGGAAAUAAAGCAGUCCCUCAGGAGUCACAGAGUGGUGCUGGAGAUAAGCUACUCUUCAUCUAUACAUGACCGAGAAAUUAGGUUCAACAAUGGAUGGAUGAUUAAAAUCGGAAGAGGCCUUGAUUAUUUCAAGAAACCACAGGGUCGUUUUUCUCUUGGAUGUUGUGAUUUAGACCUGAGACCGUGUCAUGAAACAACGGUGGACAUUUUUCACAACAAGCACACGAAAAAGAUAUGAUGCGUAAUGACCUAAGUAUACCUUUCUGCCAUAGGCGACCUCAGCCUAUUUGCUGUUGCUAGAACUGAACACCACACACUGGAGAAUGUGUAAAGGAUAAAGGUUUGGGCUUUGGUAUCUGGGGAGGAUCUUCCUUCUGCAUCCCACAUGGCGUAAUGCAAAGAGACGGAACAGACUUGUGAGGCAGAGCCUGACACCUCAGAGGCUCUCCCUCUCAACACGGCUAUACUAGGGACCAAGAUUCUAACUCAUGAACUCCUGGGGGCACAUUCAAACCAUAGCAAGCAAACAUUGGGUUUGUUUCUUGUUUUUAUUCCGAACAUAUUUUUAUAAUGUAUGAAUUUAACAAUAAAUGUUUACAUUUCUACCUAA